UAUCUUUCUCCUUAGUUGCAAUCUUUUACGCCAGAGCUCGAUAUUCAGAAAUCUUGUAAGAAAAUAAUAUUAUAAUAUUCUCUCUCACAACUAAAAGGAAAAGAUUCAUUGUAUUUUCAAAUUGACAAAAACUUUUGUCUAUGUGCAAUAAUUGACUGUGACAAUAUUUUUAUGGAGCUUGCAAGUGUCUCAAGAGAAUGUGAUGCCGGUUAGAUAUUUUUAUUAAAAGUUUUUUAGUUUCCACUGUAAAAUAGACGCUGUUAUAACAUCCGCGCCCGGUUCUUGUUGCCAAAAAUGGCUGACUAGAUUGAUUAUAAUAUAUAUUUCUACCUGGAAAAGUUAUAACAAAAUCCUGUUGUGUUUGCAAAAUUAAAAUAUAUUUUGCAAAGUGAAUUUCAUAAGUUUGAUAUAAAGAAAAACAAUAAUAUUCUUUAUAAGAUGCCGCGCGUUAAAGCGUCUCCGAAAAAGUGCGUCAAAACCGCGAAUUCACAUCCAGGAGCUAAUACUUGGGUUUUUCUUAUGAAAGAUGGAAUGGAAAAUGCAGAUGGUAAGCAACCCGAUAUGGUAAAAUUGAGACAUCCAUCAUCAAAUCAAUCAGCAAUGUUUGUAUUUGGUCCUGGUGAUACAACAAUUCAGGAAGUAAUAACGUUUGAUGAAAACAAAAGAUCAUGGUUUAUUGAUGAACACGUUAAAUCAGAUGGAAAAAUGCAUUUAUCAACUCCUAUAGAUCCAAUUUUUCUCGUACUUCCAUAUUUGAGAAAGUCACAGCAAGUAAUGCCAUUAGAUCAAAUUUUACGAGACGAAGACUAUCCAGAAACUUCACGUUUAGCGCGAUGUCACAAUUUAAAACUUACAUUGGUGGCUGAUCGUAAGGGUGACGAAUCGUUAUUAGCUUAUAAAUUUAACGAAGAGAAGACAAUGGAAUGGCUACAGAAAAAAGUCGAUAGGGUAGCUGAAAUUUUAAAACAAAAGGGUAUUCACGUUUCACAGGGUGCAGUGAGUGCAAAUUUUGUCAAGAGCAGUAAACAUGAUACUGGAACUACAGCUGAAUAUUUAAAAUACGCACACGGUAUUGUAUCGGAAUAUCUUGCUGAGGAUCUUGCUAAAAAAUUAGCACAACAUCUUAAUUUACCCGAUGAAUUAGAACAAAAGAAACGAAAAUUAUCAAGUCCAAAGGAUUCGAUUGAUGAGAAACGACACAAGAAAGAUACACAAGAAUCUGAAUCACUACCACGAAAUGGAGCACUUGAUUUAACAAAGCCUGAAAAACCUCUCAAGACUCCGCCGCCAUCGAAAAAAGAAUUGGCACGACAAAAAGCGGCAGCGGGUUCUAAAAGUAUUACAAGCUUUUUCAAGAAAAAAUGAGCACGCUAAACAUAAUGGUUUGUAAAAUGCUCAAUAAGAAUAUUUCAGUUUUUUAGUCGCACUUAAAAAAAAAAAAAAAAAAAAAAAAAAAAAGAAAAAAAAAUAGUGGACGAUGCAUCAUCUAUGUUUCUAUGAAUGUUGUUAAAAAAUCUCGAAACUUAAGCAUAUACUUUUAAGAGAUCUCCCCUCGAAAAAAAUGCAUAACCUCGCGAUAAGGAAAAAUUAUAAGAGGAUUUUAAAACAAAAAAAAACGUAGUAAGUAUAUUAAUGUAUAAUUUUUUUUUAAUCACCAUAUUCUUUUUUUUUUAAUUUCUAUUCAACUCACAGAUUUUUAUUUUUACAAGAGAUAAUAUUUGUUGCCCAAGAUUGUAUUGAUUUUAAAGGUAAUUUUAAAAAUUACAGUAACUGUUAAAAAUCCUGUUAUAUUGCAAACUAUAUCUUAGAGAGAACAAAAAAAAAUCGAUAAACGUAUUUUAUAAAAAUAGUAGUAGUGAAAAUUCUGGCCAUUGCACAAAAUUCACAUCUGUUUUUUUUUAUUUUUCCAUCAUAUAAAUUUUAUGACAUACUUAUAAAUUCUAGGUAUUGUUUCCUUUUUUAUUUUUUUAUCUUUUAAUCAUAAAGUAUUGAAAACAAAAAUUUCAUCCAUUUUAUAAAGUAGUAAUUUAUGUUAAGUAGUUUUUUUUCCUAAUUUAUUCGUUUCAAAUUUGUACAUACAUAAGUACAUAAAAUAACUGACAUAUAUUAUUUUUUACAAAAAAAAGAAAAGAAAACUUUGUUCUUCGUUAUAAUUAUUUAAAUAAGCGAAAAAUCUUUCGAGCAAACACGAUUCAAUUUCAUAAGAAAAAAAAACACAUAGUGUAAAUGAGAGCGUGUUUGAUGUGUUAUUAUUCAAUCGUAUUUAAUGUACAAUGAAAAUAUGUCAAACUUGUACGUGUAUUAUAAUAUACUUAAUCAUAAAAAUGCA